CGAGGCGCUGCUGGUUUCCCUAGCCCUCUUCCAGGCAGAUGUGCAGCAUGGUGGGGGUUGUGCCCCGUCUGCCUGGCAGCAAAGCUGGGGGUGACCUUCUCUGAAGCACAGCUGCAUGCGAGCAUCCCGGGGAGAGGUACCCAUCCUCUGUUUCUCCUUUGUAGGCAGAGUGGCCCCUCGAGCCCCAGCAGGUCCCGGUGGGUGAGGAGCAGCUGUCAUGAUCUCUACAGCACCUCUCUAUAGCGGGGUGCACAACUGGACCAGCACAGAGCGGAUUCGCAUGUGUGGCCUCAACGAGGAGAGGAGAGCCCCCCUUUCUGAUGAGGAGUCUAAAACGAGCAGCUCCCAGCACUUGGGGUCUCAGGAGUUUUGCGUCAGCAGCAGCCUUUCCAAGGUGGAGCUCACAGCAGUCAGCGGUGGUGGCAGCAGUGCCCAGGGGCUGGAUGCUGAUGGCAAGGUGGAGGAAAAGCUUGGGGCCAAACUGGAAGAGCAUCCACCUGAUCCCAACCCAAACCUGGAGUGUGCAGCAAAGACUGUGAAAGAUGAAGCUCUGGCCCCUCCAGAAAGCCAGGAGGAUGGCAGAGGGCAGGAGCCUGCUGCCCCCAGAGCUGCUGAGCAGGAGAGCAGUGGUGCUGAUGCUGCCUGGACCCCUGCAGAUCCUCCCAGUGACAAGCAGGCUGAUGCUCCUCCAGCCUGCUCCACAGCUCCAGAGAACGAGCCCGCUGGGAAGGAGAAGACCACCCCAAGCGCCGGAGCGCAAGGGCCAGGCGUGCUGGCAGAAGGGACAUUGUCUGUGGUCGUCUCCAGCUGCAGCACCUCUGCCUCCACUCCUGCUACUUUUGCUUUGAACAGAGUGUGCUUUCCCACGUCUCAGGCCCCUGCUAUGCAAAAGAUGCCCCUGUCCUUCCAGCCCAGAGCGGUUCUGAGCCCGAGCCAGCCGCUGGUGUACAUCCCACCGCCCAGCUGUGGGCAGCCGCUCAGCGUGGCCACGCUCCCAGCCACCCUGGGGGUCUCCUCCACGCUCACCCUCCCCGUCCUGCCCUCCUACCUGCACGAGCGUUGCCUGCCGGGCAUCAUCGCUUCCCCGGAGUUGCGCUCCUACCCCUACACCUUCUCCGUCACCAGGCCCUUGGCUUCAGACGCCAAGGUGGUGUCUGUGGAGGUGAACCAGCUCAGCUGCCCUUCACCCUCGGGCACAAGCGGUGCCCAGGCUGCUGCUGAGGGGGCUGCCCCGUCCACCGCUGGCCCUUCCCUCUCGUCCAGCCAGCCUCCACUGCCAGCAUCCUGUGGGAAUGCUGCUCCCUCUUCCGGCACCAGCACUGGAGCACACGCCAGAGCCCCGGGCCCCGAGCCGCACGCAGCGGGGGCUGCCACUUCGCUCUCUCCUCUGAAGUCCCCUCCGCAGCUGGAGCGUGAGACAGUCACCUCUCCAGAGUGCAGCGAGAUGCCUCUGGAUCUCUCCUCCAAGUCCAACCGUCAGAAGCUGCCCCCGCCCAGUCAGCGCAAGACCCCCCCCAUGCCCAUCCUCACGCCCGUGCACACCAGCGGCAAAGCGCUCCUCACCACCGUCCUGUCCAAGUCCCAGCGCGCGGCCCAGGCGGCGGGCAGCAGUGUCACCUCCUGCCUCGGCAACACCCCCCCCUUGGUCAUCUUCCCCGAGUUCCUGCGCAACGGUGAGCAGGGCUCCUGGGUGAAGAACACCACGCUCAUCAGCACCAUCCCGGGCACCUACGUCGGUGUGGCCAACCCAGUGCCUGCCUCGCUGCUGCUCAGCAAGGACCCUGGGGUCAGCUUCAGCAGGGACCCGCGCCACCUCCCCAAGCAGGAGCCCAUUUCCAUCAUCGAUCAGGGAGAGCCUCGCAGCACCGGUGUUCCCUGCGGGAAGAAAGCCAACCAGGUCAGCACGGAAGGACAGCAGGAUCCUGCCAAGAGACUUCUUCAUGGCAGAGUUGCUCCCGGAGCUCCUUUGUGUCAGUCCAAGGACAUCUCCACUUGGAAUCCUGGCCAGGGAACUGUGUACCCGCGAUGCCCCAUGAAUGGAAAACCUUCCAGCCCUCAGAUUCUGCCUCUUGGCUGGUCUCCUUAUCAUCAAACCCCUCUGCUUUCAAUUGGCAUCUCCACGACGGGGCAGCUGCCCCCGAACCAGAACAGCUCCUGCAAGCCAGCUGGGGCAGGUGAGCUCCCGAUGUUCCCGAGCGUGCCACCCGCCGAGUCCAGCACGGCCCCCCAGAGCCUGCCCGAGGGGCUGCCCAGGCUCCCACCUCAGGAACGGGAAGCUGCAGCCAAGAGCAAGAGCUGCCGGCCCUUGCCCAAGCUAUAUGAGGAGCCAGCCAACCCAGUCCCGUUGGAUGCAGGUCCAGCUCUUCAGACCAGCGCUUUGGAAACAAAAGGUGGGAAGGGCAAGCUGGACAACCCUCAGAAGAGUCAACAGUGCAAUCAGCCAGAGCCUGACUCCAGUAAGGAGGGCAGUGCGCAGACUGAGGCUCCCCAGGGGAGCUGUAGCCUCAAACAGCUGGAUGCAAAGCCUAAGAACCAAGUGUUAGCCACGUAUUUGUCGCAUGACCUGCCGGCGGGGCAGCAGGGCCUGCGGGUGGUCUCGGAGGCACCGGCCAUGCCCACGGAGAGUCAGGGCUGCGAGGGCUCCCAGGAGCCACCGGCCACCGAGCCCCCCAAGUGCGCGCGCCAGGUGGACCUGUGCCGGGUGAAGAAGGAGCGAGUGGAGGGCGACGUGCCCAUUGCUUCUGUCACCUGCCUGCGAGCUGGGGCUGCUCCCCAGGCCUUUGCCGAGGCCAAGCUGAAGGGAGGGGGACAAAUCAAGCAGGAGGGCAGCGUGCGCUGCAAGGCCAAGCGGCCGCACGGCGGGGACGCCCGGCAGGCCCACAAGAGACUCAAGUGCCAAGGCCAGGACAGCGAGGGCUCCCCAGGGAAGUCGGGGAGCCGGAGCGCGCAUGGCCGGAAGUGGCGGAAGCACCACGACAGCCCGCACGAGCUCGGCAAGCGAGAGGGGCGCGCGGGCCCGGCCGCGGGCAGGGAGCACGGCGGCCUGCGGGCCAAGCGCAAGCGCCGGAGGGCGGCCAGGGCCGAGUGCCCGUCGCCGGGACGCCGCGGGGACGGCCACGAGGAAGGUUCCCUGGAGAAGAAGCCCAAGAACAACUUUCGGGAUUUCAUUCCGGUGGUGCUGAGCAGCCGGACGCGCAGUCAGUCGGGAAACAUCGCUGGUUCUUCUGCUGGUGUGACAGGAGAGUGUGAUGUGACUGGUCAGGAGAUUUUACCAUUGCUGGAGGAGGAUCAAGAGGAAGAGGAGGAGGAAGAGGAGGAGGAGACAUCCUUGAAACGUCGCAAGCUGCGAAAAUCCCACAGGACAUCACGCUGCCACAGUCGCAAGGCCAGGGAUAGGUCUCUGUCUGAGAGGAGCAGCUGUUACACGAGGAGGACCCGGGAGCUGCCCUGGAGAGUGGAGUCACCCAGGCAGCUGUGGGAGCCCAAUGAGGAGGAGGACGAUGACAGCCACAUCAAAAGGAAAAAAAGGAGACGACAGAAAAGUCAGAAAUACCAGACGGGGGAAUAUUUGACUGAGCGAGAGGAGGAGCGAGUGGGCUACCCCCACAGGCGGCGAAAAUCCAAAGCAGAUUUUCGGCACCGGAAGCAGAAGGAGUCGGCGCAGGGCGCGGAGCUGCGGCUGCGGAGCCGCCUUUCCCCGUCACCCCGCAAGCCCCAAGGGCGCCCAGACUUUCGGAAUGGCUUCUUCCUGGAGCACUCUGACAGCUCUCCUGCCCAAGAAGAGCUGGAGAAACCAUCAGGAAAGCGCAAAUGUAAAACCAAGCACCUGGCAGGGCUCUGUGAGGAGGGGAAGGGGAAAGGCUGCUGGAACCAGCCCAAAACGCGUCCUCCAAAGAAGCCCCAGGACUUGUGGACACUUUCUAAGUCCUGUCGGGUCAGCCCAGGGAGUUCCCCUGAAUUGCCCACGACCCAGAACGUUCCUCCUGGAGCUCGGCGGCUGAUUGUGAACAAAAACGCAGGGGAGACCCUUCUGCAGCGAGCAGCUCGCCUGGGCUACAAGGACGUGGUGCUCUACUGCCUGCAGAAAAAGAGCAGCGACGUGAACCACCGUGACAACGCCGGGUACACGGCGCUGCACGAGGCCUGCGCGCGGGGCUGGGUCGACAUCCUGCACAUCCUGCUGGAGCACGGAGCCAACGUCAACUGCAGCGCCCAGGAUGGCACCAGGCCUGUCCAUGAUGCAGUAGCAAAUGACAACCUGGAAACCAUGUGGCUUUUACUCUCCUAUGGUGCUGAUCCCACCCUGGCCACCUACUCCGGGCAGACAGCCAUCAAGCUUGCCACCAGCGACGUGAUGAAGCGCUUCCUCUGCGAUUACCUUUCGGAUCUCCAGGGGCGCUCUGAUGGAGACCCUCGGACGGCGUGGGACUUCUACAGCAGCUCUGUCCUAGAGGGGAAGGACAGCAUCGGGUGCGAUCUUCUGCUCAACCCUCCAGGAAGUUCAGACCAGGAGGAAGAGGAGCAAGAAGCAGACGACUUCAUGUUUGAGUUCUCUGACAAGCCCCUGCUGCCCAGCUACAACCUCCAAGUGUCGGUGUCUCGGGGGCCCUGCAACUGGUUCCUCUUCUCCGACGUGCUCAAGCGCCUGAAGUUGUCCUCCCGCAUAUUCCAGGCCCGCUUCCCGCACUUGGAGAUCGCCGCGCUGCCCAAGGCCGAGUUCCAGCGCCAGGUGUCCCUCAGCCAGGUGCUGGUGCAGGAGGAGGUGCAGGAGAGCCCCGAGCCAGCACCAGGCACUGCAGAGACAGUGGAGCUGGUGCACUACGAGCCCGAGCUGCUGCAGCUGCUGGGCUCGGCCGUGGAAUACCAGGCCUGGAGCAGCUGACGGGGACACGUCGCUCCCUGCAUCACGAGGCAAUAAUAAGGACCAACGGGAAGCAGCCCUCCCAGCGCCAGCAGCAGGGACCCCAGCCUCUGGCCAGCCAGCCCCCCUCUCCUCGGGGUCUCCUUCCAGCUGGGGACAGGACCCUGGCCUCCAAGGACUUCCCAGGGUCCCUUGGCCACGAGCAGCCAUCGGCCCCGUCCAGCUGGGCGGUGGAGCCCCCCACAUGGAGCUCGUGGGGCAGCCAGGGGGGGUGGGUGCCACGGCCCCUCCCCGCUUGACCCCGCGGAACUGCGCCCCUCUGUUUGCCCUCCCCCUCCCGACGUCUUCCAUAGUAUUUAUUUAAUUAGUAUUUAAUUUGUAAUGUUUCCUUUGUUUUCUGCUGAGUCUGUAUCACUGUGAGGGUGAGCUCUGGGCUGGGGGCCGAGGGCUCCCCCAGCCCCUCUCCAGCCCUCCCCGAGGCUGGUGCUCCCCGGACCGGCCGCCGCGGGGCCCGGGGGGUCACAGCCCUCGGGGGCCCCUCAGCUGAGCCUGGGGAUAAAUCACUUCCCUCAGCUUUGGAGCCCACCAGCCCCUCUGCUCCAUCCUCUCACCGGGCUCCUUCCUCCAUCUCAUCCGUGCUGCUGCUCCCCAGUGCACCCCACACUUCCCGGCCGCUUGUCGCCCCCCGCCCCGGGGUCCCUCGAAGCCCCCUCCUCACCCCGCGCCGUGUCUGCUGGGCCUGGUCCUGCCCCCGUCCCCUCCCGUGUCACCAGGGGCAGCUCUGGGAGCAGCGGGCAGGACGGUACAGUUUUAUUGUACAGGUGCUACCAGGACUGAGGACGGGACAAUGGUGGUUUCUCUGGCUCUGCCCUGCUCCGCAGCGGGAGCGUUGGGUGGCUUUAUUUUAUUAUGAUUUUUUUUCUGUUGGUUCAUUUUUUCUUUGUGUUGUGUUUCUUCCCAGCCAGGGCAGGUGUUUCCCCCUUCCCCUUGGACUCCCAGCUGUUAGCCUCCCCUCCCAGGGGGGCCAGGCAGCACCUUGUUCAAGCCGAGGGUUUUUUGCCUUUGGGUGUGUAUUCUGGUUGCUCUUUCUGAUUUCUGUUUUAUUAUAAAGCAGCAACAGGCUGUGGUGUCAAAAACACUGAUGUACAGAAAAAACCUGCAUCAGG